UUAGAGGAAGCUUCACAUUAACUUCUAAGAACGUUGGAGUGCGCGCGCGCGCGCGCGCGCGUUGUGUUUGCGCGCGUGCGUGCGUGUCGUUGCGCGCGUGUGUGUGUGGUGCGGGAGCUGACGUGACGCGGCAGUGGGGCUGUCUUUCCUCCGCUCCGGUUGCAUUCAUAAACGGAUAUGAUAACCCAGCGCUGAGCGCAGCGGAGCAGCGACAACAGUCAGCGCUGACCAUGGCGGAAGAGGACGACGCGACGAUUCGGAUUUUACAGAGCCUGCGGGGGAAAAUAUGUGAAGCUAAGAACCUGGGCCCAGUGUCGGGUCCCAAUCGACAAAGGGAUCUCUGUACCUUUUGCACCAUAAGUCUGGAUCAGGAGGAGGUGUUUCGCACCAAGGUGUAUGACAAAAGCGUCAGCCCUUUCUACGGAGAAGACUUUUACUUUGAGAUCCCGCGUCCAUUUCAGUGUUUAUCCUAUUAUGUUUAUGCCAAGAGCGUUUUUCAAAGGGACCUACCUGUUGGCAAGGUUUCAAUCCGGAAGGAUGACCUGUGUAAAUACAGUGGGAAUGAGAACUGGUUUAGCCUUCAGCCAGUAGAUCCUAACUCAGAAGUUCAGGGUAAAGUUCACCUUGAGAUGCGAUUGAAUGAAGUGAUCACAGACAACGGCUCAGUAGGUCAGCACUUACUAGUACGGAUAAUCGAGUGCCAGGAGCUGCCUUUGAUCAGUGGGCAGAACUGUGACCCCUAUGCCACCGUGUCACUCGUUGGACCUGCCAGAUCUGACCAAAAGAAAACAAAGGUGAAGAAGAAAACCAGCAACCCUCAUUUUGAAGAGACCUUCUUCUUCGAGGUCACGCGAUCCAGCAGCUACUCUAAAAAGUCUCAUUUCCAGGUGGAGGAGGAGGACAUUGAAAAACUUGAGAUCAAAGUUGAUUUGUGGAACAAUGAGAAUCUGGCUCAGGAUGUGUUUCUUGGUGAGACGCGGGUCCCGGUCAAGAUCCUGCGAAAGGACUCCAUCCACAAAGCCUGGUAUCUCCUCCAGCCUAAAGGGAACGGCAGCAAGUCCAAGUCGGAUGAUUUGGGUUCCUUGCGUUUGAAGCUGACCUACAUAGAAGACACGGUGCUGCCAUCUGCCUGCUACACACCACUCUGCAACCUGCUGCUCAAAUCCCCGGAUGUGAAGCCCAUCUCGGCGUCGGCAGCACACAUCCUGGGGGACAUCUACCGAGAGCGUUACGAGGCCGUCCUGCCCAUGGUUCGACUGCUGCUCCACCACAAUCGCUUUGUGCCUUUCGUCUCCGCUGUGGCCGCGCUAGAGCUGGACAACACUCAGGAGGCUAACACUAUAUUCCGUGGCAACUCACUGGCAACGCGCUGCAUUGACGACAUGAUGAAGAUUGUGGGAAAAAAUUACCUGGCGGUUACUCUGAAGCCUGUAAUAGAUGAGAUUUGUGAAUCCAACAAAACCUGUGAGAUAGACCCAGUUAAACUAAAAGAAGGUGACAACGUGGAGGUCAACAAGGAGAAUCUACAGGGUUACGUCCAGAAGGUCUUUUCUUCCAUCACCCAGUCCAGUUCGAGUUGUCCCCCACUCAUGUGCGAUGUCUUCAGGUCACUGAGACAUUUGGCCUGUAAACGUUUCCCAGCCGACCCACAUGUCCAGUACUCGGCUGUUAGCAGCUUUGUGUUCCUGCGCUUCUUUGCCGUUGCUGUUCUUUCUCCGCACUCCUUCCAACUCCGUUCCCAUCAUCCCGAUCCUGAGAUUUCCCGCACGCUCACUCUCAUCUCAAAAACCAUCCAGACUCUGGGCAGCUGGGGAAGCUUGUCAAAAAAACUGUCUAGUUUCAAAGAAACCUACAUGUACGACUUCUUCAAAUCAUUCCAAGAGGACAAGUGUAUCGAAAAAGUUAAAAAGUUUCUAGACGAGAUCUCCUCUAACGUCAGCAAGGAGUCUAGUGGGCUGGAGAAUGCAGUAGUUCUCAAGGAGGGGGAAGUACAGAAACGUGCCCAGGGGAAGAAACGCCUUGGGAAGAGAAACUUCAAGAAGAGGUGGCUCAGAGUGAGCAGUAGGGAGCUCUCCUAUCACAAGCAUAAAGGGAAGGAGGCCCUCUGCGUCAUCGACGUCAAAAAUAUCCAGGCGGUGGAGAAGCUGGAUGAAAGUGCCUUUAGCCGCAAAAAUAUGUUCCAGGUCGUCCACUCCGAGAAGCCCCUGUACGUGCAGGCAGGAAACUGUGUGGAGGCCAGUGAGUGGCUGGAGGUCCUGGGCCAGGUCACUCGCUGCAACGAGGGACGCCUGGCCAACUUCCACACAUCGAAUUACACCAGUGGGACCUGGCAAUGCUGCAAGAACCAGAACAACAAUGCUCCAGGCUGUAAGCCCUGCACGACCACCGUGCUGGCCAAUCUACAGCUGGACAUAGACUGUGACCGGGAGACGGAGAGAGUUUUCUCCCUUCUCUCUUCAAAUGACACCAAACUGCAGGACAUGGAGGAUGCGUGUGCCAGCAUGGCGGUGUACCAGGGCCCUCAGCGGGAGCAGGAGGAGUGCUCCAAGUUCACCAUUCAGGAACCCAAAGAGACCUUUCAGACGCUCAAGCAGCUCCGCAACGUCAUGGAGGAGCUCCAGAGGCAGCACAACGUCAGGAACGACACCACCGCGCAGUACGGCAGCCUGGACAACCCGAUAGUGGGGAAAACCUCCUAACCAGGGCGGGCAGGUGUGGCCUGAGGCGGCCGCACCAGCAGUUUGUCAGCACAUCACAUGGGAGGAGCACUGCGGUGACACACCGGGGGUCUUACAGAAUCCUCGGGAGCCGUCCCCUCUCCGAGAACAGCUGCCGCGCGUCCGGGAGAAGAACAUCGGAUACACCCUGACCUCCGGACACCCCGACUCCACUACAGCUACGAGGUGUGGACGGAUUGUCCUCGUCUCCUUCUCCGCUCCUCCUGAUUUUACGUCUCCAGCUGUGUGAGAAAAAAAAGGCAUCAGUAGGAUAAGUGUGAAUAGGCUGCUAUUUUUUUAAUUUAUUCACCCAGUUUUUUAUAUCAACAGCUGUGAUGAUACUCUCCCAAUUUUUCAGCAUUUUGCCCUGGGCGUCUCUCUCUUUGGAGGUGAUCGAUAAUCAUAACCUCUGGAGGUCCGUGCCCGAGUACGUUUAAAUCUUUCCCUGUUCGUAGUGUCCUCUUUCUCCUCUGAACAAAUGUAUAUAUAUUUUCUAGUACAGUUGCGUAGAUGAAACCGACCUGCCUUACUUUGAUGGAUGUUUCUUUCAGAUUAAAUGCUGAGGGAAUAAUGCAGAAGCACUUUAAAUAUUUGGAGCGCUCCAAAUGUAAAAUGAUUAGAUACGUGGUAUCAGCUUCCCCCCCAUUCGAUCAGUUACAUGAUCCCGAGUACAUUUUUGUUUCAUUCCUGUACAAUAACAUGGAUAGCCUGUAGUUUUUAAGAUAUUUUUCUUGACCAAAGACAAUUUCAUAGGAUUGACUUGAAAUAAGAAAUAUGUAUUUUGAAUACGAAUGUUCUAAAAAUGGAUAUAUAUAUAUAUAUAUAUAUAUGUAUAUAUAUAUAUAUAUAUAUAUACAUAUAUAUAUAUAUAUAGUUUAUGUGUACAUUUUUUGCUAACAUAUCCUUUACUUUUAAGUGACUUCAGUUAAAUGGAUCGCAUGUGUUCAGUUUUGAAUCCUGAUUGCACAUGGCUGUGGCGUAGAGUUGUAUUUCGCUGUGAUUGUGAAUCGUGUUGGUUACGUUGUACUUCAGAUCUUUGCCGUCGUGUCGAGAGCAUUGCAGCAUCUCUAUAGUGGCUGAGGAAUGAAACCAUGGAGGAACCAAUGAGUGUAACAAAUGAGCCCUGUUAUCCCAGAAUUUGCCCCCAAGAACCGCGGCAGCCAACAAACACGUCAUGUCCUUUUCUUCUUCUUCUUCUUGUUUUUUUUUUUUCUUUUAAUUUUAAUAUUUUCGAACCAUCAGUCCUGUGCAGCUCCAGCUGUUGUAUUUCUGGGUUUUAGACAAAGAGUUUGAAAUGCGACACUGUGUGUUGUUUUAAGUUUUCCUCAGCUGUCGGCCACAGCACGUCACUGCCAAAACUACUGCCUAGCCCCGACAGUCAAGAAAAGUCACAUGUUGCAAAACAAAAAAAUAAUGAUGCAUUCACUGAUGCAUGAUAAUAAUAAUAAUAUUAAUAAUAAUUAAAGUAAUAAUAAUAACUCAAUUUUUUUGCUGUUCAAGUGGCUCAUAUCCUCGACAAAUUUUUAACCCAACAAUCAUAUUCUGCAGAAGUAGUACUGCAUCUGAUCAGUAUCAGUAUGAGCUGACAGAAAAACAUUGUUGCUUGAUUCUUUUGAACAUUUCAGUUCAUAAUAUGAAAUGGAUAUUAAUAUACGAUACAGAAACUAAAACCCCUUUUUAAAAGAAGAAAAAUGUCUAAUCGAUGAAUCGACAAACAAAUUAGAUUUUGAUUCAAUCCUGUUUUCCAUCAUUUGCCCAUUUGAACAAUGAAGUGUUGAAACGAUACAAAAGAAACUUGAAUUGACUUUAACAAAAAAAAGUCAAACAUUUGAAUGCUGAUGAUACAGGGUUAACCAUGUUUUGGUUUUGCUUUGGUUUUUUUGCUUGUGGAAACUAGUUGUUUUGCCUUAGGUCCGUCAUAUAUUUCUAACGUGCAUGUCUUGUAUAUUUAACAAUAUAUUUUUAUAGGAAACCCUUUUUCUUUUUAAUCUUUUUUUAAACACCGAUUUAAUUGUUGCUAUACUGGUACAGUACCUUGUCCUUUACUCUGCAGCACUUCUUUGAGGAUGGCCACUUAUUGUCUUUGUCGUACACGUAGCUGCUGCCGAACCUCCACUUGUCCACUGACGCAGAGUCCGUGAAGUGAAAAUUUGUGUUCACGUGCAGGCGGAGUGAAUGAACUGCCUGAUUAGAGCCAAACUACAAAUGAAAAAUGAUUGAUUUUGAACAAAACAAAAAGGAAAAUCAUUGGCUGAUGAACUUUUUUCUGCUUGUGAAACGUUUUUAGUCAAACAUGGGUAAAAACGUAAAAGACUUCUCUGGAUUAAAUUUCAACAACAAAAACUGAAUCUGAAUCUUAACCAACCCAGAGCAUAAAGAUAUUGUUAUAUACCAUAUAUGUUUGCAUGUCAGCCGCUGGUUCUCAAUAAGAGCCACUACAUGAGCAGUGCUGCUGUUCAUUUUCACAUGAAGGUGAACAUGUUUUUUGGUUUUUAUUUCCUCUCACCUUGCCACUGAAUUAGGUUUUCAUCUGCUCCCAAUAACGAUAUUUCCCCUGGUCAUUGCAUUGUCCUUUGUCAGAAUAUGAAUGAGAUGUAAGGCUGUAGCAAGGAAAAUGGUUGGUUAACCAAAAUCAUACCUUCUCUUCAACCAAUCGAUGGUCGCAGGAAAAAAAAAAAAUCAGCACGUUACCUCUAGAUUAAUCAGCCACACUCCACUGAGUGUGUAGCCUUGUUGCCUAAUGGGUUUUAAAUUAACACAAAAAGAAAGUAUUUGCAGCAUAUUAAACCAUUAGUAGACCAUACACAUUGGUGUGUGUGUAUAUAUAUAUAUAUAUGUAUGCCAAUUUGGAUGUGUUCACACUCAAAGCCUCAAGCAUCUAACACAAAGUUGGCGGAGCCUCCUAUUGCAGAUUAUCAUACUGUUUUUAGAUGAUGUACGUAGUAACAUGUCUUUUUGAAAUCAUCAAUUGUCCGACCAAAGAGAAUUUGACCGGAUGAGAACAUAUGGACCAACGAAUCGACCAAUCGCCUGCGGGACUACAGACGCAGUAGCUGUCCUGACUCGUUGGACUGUGGCCAAAAGGGGUUAGGUUCACCAAAUGUCACUAAACUACAAGAUAAAUAUAAUGUUUUUUGCUUUGAACAAUCAGAUGAAUCAUAUCUGAUGUGUGCCUCUGAUCUCUUGAUGUUCGUCAUGAAAAUGGGAAAAUGUCCAGGUCUAUAUUACAACUAAAACCGAUUUCAGGGUUUUGUGAUCCAAAUUGUGUUUCCGAGCACAGCGACAGGGUUUUCAUUUCUAAUCAAAUGCUGAAGUACCCCUUGUUUACCAACUUUCAUCUGUUGUGGAACAGUCGUGGUAGAGUGCAGAUGUAAAAGACAGUGUGAAGGUUUUAAUAGGAUUUUUCUAUUAAUGUUAAAGCUUUUUUUGUGUCCAGUGUACAGUCAGUACUUAGAGAACGCAGAUGGUAUCUUCACAUCUCCAACUAAUUUCUAAUGAAUGUUUCCAUGCGGCUUCAAUACGGCGUCUAUUUUUUUUUUUUUAUGCACAUGAAAUGUUUUAUUUUUCAUACAUGGUCUUGUCUGUGUCAAUUUGAAGCAAUUUACAAUAAAUACUUUGCUAAUA